AUGGCUGCCACUAAUCUAACUAAUAACACUCAAGAUGAAACACACAUUGAUAUUAAUCAAUGGGGUCAAGCUAUUCUACGUGCUAAAACUUCAUUGAUUAAGCCGUAUUCAAAAUAUACUCAAGAAGGUCUUCGUCCACGAUCACCUAAUUCACCCUAUACAAUAUUAACCAGAGAACAAGAAGCAAAUAUUGAUCGAACGGCAAGUCCAUUAUUUUUUGAUAAAGCUCGUAUUUCGACCUCAAAUGGAGCAUUUCGUCGUUUUCGUCAACGCCAAACAGAUUCGAUGCCAAUGACUCAUUUACGUACGGGUGGUCAAGUUGGUAGUGGAACAGAAUUCACAUAUAUAACUCCACAAGCUUAUACAUCGAAACUACCUGAAAAAUAUAAUGGCUCUAUAGCGAAUGGUUAUCCAAAAUGGUAUCCAAAUCGUGCCGGUGAAAGAACUCUAUCCCAUUUACAAGAAAGUGAACCAGUCGAAAAUUUUGUUUCAAUUGAUAUGUAUCGUCGUCCGCCAACAGCACGUUCAGGUCAAAUUAUUUUUGAUCAUGGACGACCGAACGAUGGUUAUUAUUUACAACGAAAUAGACAUGAUACAACUUGGUUUGGUUCAGAUAUAAAAUUGAAUCGUCGUCAUAUACUAGAUUCUAUUGAACCAAAAACAAUAGCUGAAUACGAACAAAUAAAAACGAAUCAACAAGAUCAAUAUCGAAAAACAAAUGAUAAAUGGCCUUAUUUAUCUGAAUAUGGAGAACAAUUCGUACUUGGCACAACAGUUCGAAGUCAGCCAAAGACAGAUUUGGAACGUGCUAAAGAACAUAUCGGACAAAAUCCGACACGUUAUACAUCAAUACAUAAUCAAUUAGCAGCAUCUGCUGUUGCUCAAGGACGAACUUUGGUGAAUGAACCAUCACUUGUUGUGAAAUGUUAA